UGAAAAUUUGUGAUAACACAACCCCACAACAAUGGAACCCUCUCCUUUCCACCCCAUUCCCCGCUCCCACUUCCACGCUCCACACCCAAGCUCCCCUCCUGUCCGAGCCCCAGCUUCAGCCACACACAAGAAAACUCAAGAAGAAGAAGACCAGAAAGAGGCACAGAGACUAGACAGAGCCAAAGGCUCUGUAGUCGGAGCUCUUUGUGGAGACGCCAUCGGGACUUUUCUUGAGUUUUGAGAAUAUGAGAUUGAUGAACAGUUUGCUGAGUUUGCCCUCUCUAUGCCUGGAGGAGGCCACUUCCAAGUUGGCCCAGGUCAGGUCACAGAUGACGGAGAACUCACAAUGUGACUCCUACAAGGCCUAUCCUAUGCUGAAGAGUUCAGUGAAAUAGAAAUGACUAAGAGCUGAGGCAGGUAUUAUAUAGAGUGGAUGAAUUCAAAGCCAUUUGAUUGUGGAAUCACCAUUGGAAAUGCCUUUUAUAAGGUAAACCCAAAAUAUCCUGAGAUGAUUAAGAAGAGAGCAGAUAUUUAUUGACAAGACUCACAGAGUAAUGGGUCACUCAUGAGAUCGACCCCUCUUGCAGUCUUCUGUCAUAGGAUGGAGGUUCCUAAUACUGAAGAUUUUAAAGCAGAAGACUGGGAAAAACAUAGAGAUUGCGUCUUUAAGAUGGCAAAAUUUGAUGCCUCUUUCACUCACUCAAACAAAGAAGUACACUAUAUUGAAGGGUUAUACAUUUACAUGAUUACUCUAAUCAUCAACGGAGUCGAACUAGAUAAAGUUUACGACAUAAUUGUUGAUGAAAUAAGCAAUUCAGACAAUGAAGUUUACUAUCAAUGGCUUGAAGAAUCUAAGAAAGAUAAACUUGGUAACUUAUCGUCCAAAAUGGGUUGGAUGAAGCAUGCCUUCAUUUGCUGCCUCAGAUACCUCAGACUCGCUGCCCAAGAACUCAUCGAUGGCAAACAGCCAGACUCCACCUUCUACACCCGUUCAAUAACCGAGAUCCUAAUAGGAGGAGGAGAUACAGACACCAACGCCUGCAUCGCAGGCGGCCUCCUGGGCGCAAUCAUCGGCUACGAAGGCCUGCCUAAAGAAAUGAAGGACAAAGUUAUGAACUGGGACUAUAAGGAGCACGGAGGCAUCAAGAGGCCACCUUUCUUAGUGCCUAAAGGGAAAAUUGAUGGGCUGGUUGAAGUGGUGUUUAGUAGAGCGCCAGCAGAAAUGUGGAAGGAAGAGUAAGGGGAUAAUGAGGUUUUCUAUUUGAUG